AUGGAGAGUGUAGGAAAUGAGUGGUGGCCAUGGGAUAGUGAAGGUGAGUGGGAGGUAGUGAGGUGGUUGAGCACGAUGGGAAUCUCAAAAGGAGCGAUCAACAAGUUCUUGAACCUUAAAUAUGUAUAUCGGCCUUUCAGCUUUGGGUCAGCCAAUACAAUGUAUGGGAAAGUAAAGUCUAUGCUAGGAGUGCUAGGAUGGCACGAGGAGACAAUCGUUAUGGAUGACGCACCCUUAGAACCACAGGAGUGGUGGUGUUGA